AUGCCUGAAACUGGACAAGAAAGCAGCACCACCCCAGCCAAGGAGUCCCCCUUCUCCAUCAAAAGCCUCCUGACCUGUGAACCUUCCAGAGCAGCCAGGCCACCAAAGGCUCUCUUCACCCCAAUCAAGGGGACCUUGGAUGGAGCAGCUUUUGCCCUGUCGCCAUUGACUGACCUGUCCUUCCCUCGACUGGAGAUACCUACCCAGAGGUUCGCCUUACCUGCACAUUACCUGGAGAGAUCCCCAGCUUGGUGGUACUCGUACACCUUGACCCAUGGAGGACACACACACAGGACAGAAGUUCCUGAGAAGAGCCUGCUGCUGGGCCCCUCUUCCCCGGUCUCUGGGGGUGAAAGAGACUCUCCAGAGCCCCUCCACAGCCUCAAGCAGGACCUGGAUCCCAAAGAGAGCGACUCCAAGAGCCCAGAGGAGAUCAUCCUAGAGGAGAGCGAACCUGAGGAGUCCAAGAAGGAUGAGAGUGGUGAGGACUGGAAGAAGUUGGACGACUCCUCAGACAAGAAGCCCUGCAGGAAGAAGAAGACCCGGACGGUGUUCUCCAGGAGCCAAGUCUUCCAGUUGGAAUCCACCUUUGACAUGAAGAGGUACCUGAGCAGCUCCGAGAGGGCGGGACUUGCGGCCUCUCUACACCUGACUGAGACCCAGGUGAAGAUCUGGUUCCAGAACCGCAGGAACAAAUGGAAAAGGCAGCUGGCUGCAGAACUGGAGGCUGCCAACCUCAGCCACGCCGCUGCCCAGAGAAUCGUCAGGGUGCCCAUCUUGUACCAUGAGAACUCCUCCAGCACAGAGAGUGCCAGCUCUGGGGCCAACGUGCCAGUUAGCCAGCCCCUACUGACAUUCCCCCAUCCUGUCUAUUACUCUCACCCUGUAGUCACUUCAGUGCCCUUACUCAGACCAGUGUGA